AGAAGAGGCCAGUAGCGAAGAGGCCAGCAGCCGUGCGCUCAGUCUCAGACCAAGAUGGCGGACACAGAGGCAGUAGCGGUGAAGAAGAAGAAGAAGGGGAAGAAAGUUGCAGAAGAAGAAGUGGGGGAGAUCCAGGAGAGCGGAGACUUUUUCAUCAAACCCGAGUCCAGAGCGGCGAGUCUGGACACGUCGCAGUGGCCGCUGCUGCUCAAGAACUUUGAUAAGCUAAACAUCCGGACCGCCCACUAUACGCCCCUUCCCAGCGGAUCCAACCCCCUGAAGAGGAACAUCCACGAUUAUGUCAGAUCCGGAUUCAUCAACCUGGACAAGCCGGCCAACCCGUCGUCCCACGAAGUCGUGGCGUGGAUCCGUCGGAUCCUGCGUGUGGAGAAGACGGGUCACAGCGGGACGCUCGACCCCAAAGUGACGGGCUGUCUGAUCGUGUGCGUGGACCGAGCCACGCGGCUCGUCAAGUCGCAGCAGAGCGCCGGCAAAGAGUACGUGGGGAUCGUUCGGCUGCACAAUGCCAUAGAGAACGAGCACGCUCUCUCUCGGGCUUUGGAGACGCUGACCGGAGCUUUGUUCCAGCGCCCGCCGCUCAUCGCCGCCGUCAAGCGUCAGCUGAGGGUUCGAACAAUUUACGAAAGCAAACUGAUCGAGUACGACCCGGAGAGGAGGCUGGGGAUCUUCUGGGUGAGCUGCGAGGCGGGAACAUACAUCCGGACGCUCUGCGUGCACCUGGGCCUGCUGCUCGGGGUCGGAGGUCAGAUGCAGGAGCUGAGGCGAGUUCGCUCCGGCGUCCUGGGCGAGAAGGACAACAUGGUGACCAUGCACGACGUCCUGGACGCCCAGUGGCAGUUUGACCACAACAAAGACGAGUCGUACCUGCGGAGGGUCAUCUUCCCUCUGGAGAAGCUGCUGGUUUCCCACAAGAGGCUGGUGAUGAAGGACAGCGCUGUGAACGCCAUUUGCUACGGCGCCAAGAUCAUGCUGCCCGGUGUUUUAAGGUACGAAGACGGGAUUGAGGUCAACCAGGACAUCGUCGUCAUAACGACGAAGGGCGAGGCCAUCUGUAUCGCCGUCGCUCUGAUGACGACGGCGGUGAUUUCCACGUGCGACCACGGCGUCGUUGCCAAGAUCAAGCGGGUGAUCAUGGAGCGCGACACGUAUCCUCGCAAGUGGGGACUCGGACCGAAGGCCAGCCAGAAGAAAAUGAUGAUUCAGAAAGGACUUCUGGACAAACAUGGAAAACCCAACGGAAGCACACCGGCAGAAUGGAAGGACGACUACGUAGAUUACAGUGCGUCCAAAGGAGCGGCGGUGUCGUGCGACGGGACGCCGGCGAAGAGGAAGAGGGAGGCGGCCGACAGCGACGGCGACAGCGAGGGCGCGAGCACGACGCCAUCGACGCCGUCCGCAGAGCAGCUGAAGAAAGAGAAGAAGAAGAAGAAGAAAGAAAAGAAAGCCAAGCUGGAGGAGGAAGAGGCGGGGGAGGGGGGCGGGGCAGAGGGAGAGACGGAAACUCCCAAGAAGAAGAAGAAGAAAAAGAAGCAGAAGGAAGCAGACGAGUCAGAGUGAUGAUGAUGAAGAUGAUGAGGGUCUGCUGGGUGUCUGUCAGCCUCAGUGCGAUUGGCCCACGCUCCCAGUGCAUUCUGGGAGAAUAAACUGUAAUGUGGACUGCAUGGUUGCAGGAACGGGAGGAAAAAGUUUUGUAUUGUUUUGUUUUCAGAUGUGUAUAUAUGCUCGAGGCUUAAGCCCGACUUUGUAAUUUGAAAAUAAAUUUUUUUUCUUAAC